AUGGCUCGAGUUGGAACAUGGGCUACCGGGGGUGCCAAAAGUGAUGUUUUUGUCUACUAUUUUACAAAGGCCCCUGCCGAGGAUGAGUCGGGAGAUGCUUAUCACGGAGCUGAGCUUUGUUACACCUUCAAUAACAUACCUUACUCGGAUUACUUGAAUUUGACCUGGAACGCCACAGACUACAAGAUCGAAUUUAUUAUAUCUGACUACUGGGCAAACUUCACCCGCACUGGCAACCCUAACGGGGGUAGCCUGCCAUACUUCCCGCCCUCAAGCAACAACAAGACCGCGAUGUGGCUGGGUGAGUCUUUUGGUGCUGGACCCAUUGCUCAGUCUCAGGGGCGAAUCAGCUUCCUUCGUGGAUGGAUGUCCCAUUUGCAUGAGUUUUAA